CGAACUACACGGAGUCUGGAGCUGUAGCAGUGCGACUGUCCCACUUAAGGCGACAACUUUGUUUAUUUUUUUUUAUUUUAUAUAAAUAACACGACCGCCACACCUGUGUUCACCGCGAGCUGCGUGGAAUAUAACCCGACACUUCCUCACCGCGUUGGACCAUAAAGAAAGGGCUAUUCAACUCCAAGAUGAAACCCAGGCUGGAAGACCAGAAUGGCUGCACGCAUUAAACUCUUGGAAUUCUACUUGCUUUGACAUCUCAAUACAAUAACCAAAAACUCGACUCGAACAUUCGACUGAACGCCUUCAUAACUUUGUUCCACUUCUGCUGUUGGAUUGCAAGUAAGAGGCUGCCAUCAUGCCUAUCCUCAAGCCGCUGGUUCACAACUCUAACCAAUCAAAGAGACGGUCUCGAGCUGACCUGACCGCAGAGAUGAUCAGUGCUCCACUGGGGGAUUUCCGCCAUACCAUGCAUGUGGGCAGAGGUGGUGAUGCCUUUGGGGACACUUCGUUUCUCAGCACCCGAUCAGGGGAACCUCCCAGGGAGCCAAGCACAAAGCAGGGCUCACCAGGUCCCAAACCAGGCCUGCUGUCCCGCACAUUCAGAAGCAGCAAGCGCUCGCUGUCAGUAAACCGUGGGGACAAGUUUGAAUACAAUACGAUGGCACCUUCUAGUGGCUCAUCCAACUUUGUGAAAAAUGCCAUAUCCUUACCAUAUCUAAAUGACGAGGAUACUAGCAGAAGUAACCAGCUGACAAAGAGUCUUUCUUCCAGCCCCAUGCAGAAGCUGUCAGAGAUCGAAAGUAAGCCAAGUAAUGGAGCAGCAGCGAUGGCGACGCUUGACGCAGAGUUUGAGGAGCGCAAUUUUGGGGAACUCACAGAUCUGCCUCCAUCCAUGCCGAAGGGUGGAGGAAUGAAGCAUGCCGAGUCCAUGAUGUCCUUCCACAUUGACUUGGGACCCUCCAUGCUUGGGGAUAUUUUGAGCGUGAUGGAAAAGAAAGCCUGGGAGGAGGAUGACCUUGGCUAUGAGGAAGGCAAAAGUAUUGAGAGCGGUGCGUCACCCUCGCUCAUACCCCACAUAGAUGAUGAUGUGGAGGAGCGGGCUCCUGCAAGGCCUCCCCGCAGCAUUUACCAGCAGAAGCCCACGCGGGAUCCCUACACCCCAGAGCUAAAUGCCCGGAACAACCACCACAACCUGGAUAGUUGCUCUGUGUCCAGCUCUGGCUCGGUCACCGAGGAGAAGGUUCAGUAUCACCUCCACGACGGCGACACGGACAGCGCAAAGUACAGUUCACCACGCGGAGAGGAGGACAGAGAGUUCACGUUCAUGGAUGAGGACGAUGAUGAGAUACGAGUGUAGAGAACCCUGUUCUGGCCCAAUAGUGUUUUUCAACAACACUAAUUGUAAGAACCAGAUGUUAGGAGGCCAUCACAAGCUGAGAAAAGCAAAAGCGGGGGGAGAAUUUAGAGGCCUGGCCAUAUCUGUUUUAAGUGUUUUUGUAGAUGAAUCCAAUCCCUGCAAACUUAUCAACAUCAUAAAUGAAACCAAUUAAGCCUUAUUCACUCUGCUGUAGUAAGAAGACACGAGCUAAAUGCCUGAUGAGAAUGCAGACCGGCUCAUAAAUUUGUACUCUUGACAGGUUUGGGUUUGUUGCAGUUACGCAACACAAACUCCGAACUCGUGAUUGGAAAAGUGGCGUUCAAACUUCGUUCAUCUCAAAAGUGCAUUCAUCGGUGAGCCUUUGGUUAUGAGCAUGACAUUCAUUUUUAAGUAAAGAGUAACCACAAGGUUAGAGAAGUGUACUCUCAGCUGUCAAUCACAUGAAUAUCACAUUGGGAGAGUGACGUGUGAGGUGAACAGAAGGAUGUGCAGGGUCACAAAACUGAAUGCGGACGUGUGCUACUAUUCUGACGAAGGACGAGGGGAAAUGACUAAGUGAAACUCAAAUAAAUGCAUGUUUGUG